AUGAGCCCUUCAAAGGAUUUUUUUCCCUAUGAGAUGGGAUUGAACCUAAAGGCAAACUUUACCAUUGAGUCUGUUUAUUUUAUUUUAUUUUUUGAGACGGAGUCUAAGUUGCUUAGGACUUACAAAGUUGCCGAGUCCGGCCUUGAAGUUGCAGUCCUCCUGCCUCAGCCUCCCAAGUUACUGGGAUUACAGCUUCCAAUAAAAACGGGACAGCAGAACACACAUACCAAAGUCAGUACUGAACACAACAAGGAGUGUCUAAUCAAUAUUUCCAAAUACAAAUUUUCUCUGGUUAUAAGCGGCCUCACUACUAUCUUAAAGAACGUUAACAAUAUGAGAAUAUUUGGAGAAACUGCAGAAAAAAAUUUAUAUCUCUCUCAGUUGAUUAUAUUGGAUACACUGGAAAAAUGUCUUGCUGGACAACCAAAGGACACAAUGAGAUUAGAUGAAACAAUGCUGGUCAAACAGUUGCUACCAGAAAUCUGCCAUUUUCUUCAUACGUGUCGUGAAGGAAACCAACAUGCAGCUGAACUUCGAAAUUCUGCUUCUGGGGUUUUAUUUUCUCUCAGCUGCAACAACUUCAAUGCAGUCUUUAGUCGCAUUUCUACCAGAAAAUUUUCCCCCACAGAAACAGCAUUUAAAUUUAAAGCCCUAAAGAAGGUUGCACAGUUAGCAGUUAUAAAUAGUCUGGAAAAGGCCUUUUGGAACUGGGUAGAAAAUUAUCCAGAUGAGUUUACAAAACUUUACCAGAUUCCACAGACUGAUAUGGCUGAGUGUGCAGAAAAACUCUUUGACUUGGUGGAUGGUUUUGCUGAAAGCACCAAACGUAAAGCAGCAGUUUGGCCACUACAGAUCAUUCUUCUUAUUUUAUGUCCAGAAAUAAUCCAGGAUAUAUCUAAGGAUGUGGUUGAUGAAAACAACAUGAAUAAGAAAUUAUUUCUGGACAGUCUACGAAAAGCACUUGCUGGCCAUGGAGGAAGCAGGCAGCUGACAGAGAGUGCUGCAAUUGCUUGUGUCAAAUUGUGUAAAGCAAGUACUUACAUCAAUUGGGAAGACAACUCUGUCAUUUUCCUACUGGUUCAGUCCAUGGUGGUUGAUCUUAAGAACCUGCUUUUUAAUCCAAGUAAACCAUUCUCAAGAGGCAGUCAGCCUGCAGACGUGGAUCUAAUGAUUGAUUGCCUUGUUUCUUGCUUUCGUAUAAGCCCUCAUAACAACCAACACUUUAAGAUCUGCCUGGCUCAGAAUUCACCUUCUACAUUUCACUAUGUACUAGUAAAUUCACUCCAUCGAAUCAUCACCAAUUCUGCAUUAGAUUGGUGGCCCAAAAUUGAUGCUGUAUAUUGUCACUCAGUUGAACUUCGAAACAUGUUUGGUGAAACACUUCAUAAAGCAGUGCAGGGUUGUGGAGCACACCCAGCAAUACGAAUGGCACCGAGUCUUACAUUUAAAGAAAAAGUAACAAGCCUUAAAUUUAAAGAAAAACCUACGGAUGUGGAGACAAGAAGUUAUAAGUAUCUUCUCUUGUCCAUGGUGAAACUAAUUCAUGCAGAUCCAAAGCUUUUACUUUGUAAUCCAAGAAAACAGGGGCCCGAAACCCAAGGCAGUACAGCUGAAUUAAUUACAGGGCUCGUCCAACUGGUCCCUCAGUCGCACAUGCCAGAGAUUGCUCAGGAAGCAAUGGAGGCUUUGCUGGUUCUUCAUCAGUUAGAUAGCAUUGAUUUGUGGAAUCCUGAUGCUCCUGUAGAAACAUUUUGGGAGAUUAGGUAUAUGUACUUUUAAUUUUUAAAUCAGGCAGAUAGAAGUUCCUGUCACUUUCUCUUCCUUUAUGGAGUAGGAUGUGAUGUUCCUGUUAGUGGAAAUACCACUCAAAUGUCCAUGGAUCAUGAAGAAUUGCUCCGUACCUAUACUCCUGGAGCAUCUCUGCGGAAGGGAAAAGGAAACUCUUCUAUGGAUGGUGCAGCAGGGUGCAGUGGACCCCCGCCAAUAUGCCGACAAGCCCAGACCAAGCUAGAAGUGGCCUUGUACAUGUUUCUGUGGAGUCCUGACACUGAAGCUGUUCUGGUUGCCAUGUCCUGUUUCCGCCACCUCUGUGAGGAAGCAGAUAUCCGUUGUGGGGUGGAUGAAGUAUCAGUGCACAACUUCUUGCCAAACUAUAAUACAUUCAUGGAGUUUGCUUCUGUCAGCAAUAUGAUGUCAACAGGAAGAGCAGCACUUCAGAAAAGAGUGAUGGCAUUGCUAAGGCGCAUUGAGCAUCCCACUGCAGGAAACACUGAGGCUUGGGAAGAUACACAUGCAAAAUGGGAACAAGCUACAAAACUAAUCCUUAACUAUCCAAAAGCAAAAAUGGAAGAUGGUCAGGCUGCUGAAAGCCUUCAUAAGACCAUUGUUAAGAGACGAAUGUCCCAUGUGAGUGGAGGAGGAUCCAUAGAUUUAUCUGAUACAGACUCCCUACAGGAAUGGAUCAACAUGACUGGCUUCCUUUGUGCUCUUGGGGGAGUGUGUCUGCAGCAGAGAAGCAAUUCUGGCCUGGCAACCUAUAGCCCACCCAUGGGCCCAGUCAGUGAACGUAAAGGUUCCAUGAUUUCAGUGAUGUCUUCAGAGGGAAACACAGAUACACCUGUCAGCAAAUUUAUGGAUCGGCUGCUAUCCUUAAUGGUGUGUAAUCAUGAGAAAGUGGGACUUCAGAUACGGACCAAUGUUAAAGAUCUAGUGGGUUUGGAAUUGAGUCCUGCUCUUUAUCCAAUGCUAUUUAACAAAUUGAAGAAUACCAUCAGCAAGUUUUUUGACUCCCAAGGACAGGUUUUAUUGACUGAUACCAAUACUCAAUUUGUAGAGCAAACUAUAGCUAUAAUGAAGAAUUUACUAGAUAAUCAUACUGAAGGUAGCUCUGAACAUUUGGGACAAGCUAGCAUUGAAACAAUGAUGUUAAAUCUAGUCAGGUAUGUUCGUGUGCUUGGGAAUAUGGUCCACGCAAUUCAAAUAAAAACGAAACUGUGUCAGUUAGUUGAAGUAAUGAUGGCAAGGAGAGAUGACCUCUCAUUUUGUCAAGAGAUGAAAUUUAGGAAUAAGAUGGUAGAAUACCUGACAGACUGGGUUAUGGGAACAUCAAACCAAGCAGCAGAUGAUGAUGUAAAAUGUCUUACAAGGUACAGAAAAAAAAAAAAAAAGAUAAAAUGACUAGAAUGUCUGAUUAGCUUUCUGGUUGACAUGACUUUCUCUAUGUAAGGGUCAGUUUUUGUAUUUCUUAGGUACUUCACCUUAUUUAUGAACCUUUUGAAUGACUGUAGUGAAGUUGAAGAUGAGAAUGCACAAACAGGUGGCAGAAAACGUGGUAUGUCUCGGAGGCUGGCAUCCUUAAGGCACUGUACAGUCCUUGCAAUGUCAAACUUACUCAAUGCUAAUGUGGACAGUGGUCUCAUGCACUCCAUAGGUUUAGGUUAUCACAAAGAUCUUCAGACAAGAGCUACAUUUAUGGAGGUUCUGACAAAAAUCCUUCAGCAAGGAACAGAAUUUGACACACUUGCAGAAACAGUGCUGGCAGAUCGGUUUGAGAGACUCGUGGAGUUGGUCACAAUGAUGGGGGAUCAGGGAGAGCUCCCUAUAGCUAUGGCUUUGGCCAACGUGGUUCCUUGUUCUCAGUGGGAUGAACUAGCUCGAGUUCUGGUUACCCUUUUUGAUUCUCGGCAUUUACUCUACCAACUACUCUGGAACAUGUUUUCUAAGGAAGUAGAAUUGGCAGACUCCAUGCAGACUCUUUUCCGAGGCAACAGCUUGGCCAGUAAGAUAAUGACAUUCUGUUUCAAGGUAUAUGGUGCUACCUAUCUACAAAAACUCUUGGAUCCUUUGUUACGAAUUGUUAUCACAUCCUCUGAUUGGCAACACGUGAGCUUUGAAGUGGAUCCUACCAGAUUAGAACCAUCAGAAAGCCUUGAGGAAAAUCAGCGGAACCUCCUUCAGAUGACUGAAAAGUUCUUUCACGCCAUCAUUAGUUCUUCCUCAGAAUUUCCUCCUCAGCUUCGAAGUGUGUGCCACUGUUUAUACCAGGCAACUUGCCACUCCCUACUGAAUAAAGCUACAGUAAAAGAAAAAAAGGAAAACAAAAAAUCAGUGGUUAGCCAGCGUUUCCCUCAGAACAGCAUUGGUGCAGUAGGAAGUGCCAUGUUCCUCAGAUUUAUCAAUCCUGCCAUUGUCUCACCAUAUGAAGCAGGGAUUUUAGAUAAAAAGCCACCACCUAGAAUCGAAAGGGGCUUAAAGUUAAUGUCAAAGAUACUACAGAGUAUUGCCAAUCAUGUUCUCUUCACAAAAGAAGAACAUAUGCGGCCUUUUAAUGAUUUUGUGAAAAGCAACUUUGAUGCAGCACGAAGAUUUUUCCUUGAUAUAGCAUCAGAUUGUCCCACAAGUGAUGCAGUAAAUCAUAGUCUUUCCUUCAUCAGUGAUAGCAAUGUGCUAUUUGCUGUAUCUAGGGAUCAUAAAGCUGUUGGAAGACGACCUUUUGAUAAGAUGGCAACUCUUCUUGCAUACCUGGGUCCUCCAGAGCACAAGCCUGUGGCAGAUACACAUUGGUCCAGCCUUAACCUUACCAGUUCAAAGUUUGAGGAAUUUAUGACAAGGCAUCAGGUACAUGAAAAAGAAGAGUUCAAAGCUUUGAAAACAUUGAGUAUUUUCUACCAAGCUGGGACUUCCAAAGCUGGGAAUCCUAUUUUUUAUUAUAUUGCACGGAGGUUCAAAACUGGUCAAAUCAAUGGUGAUUUGCUGAUAUACCACGUCUUGCUGACUUUGAAGCCAUAUUAUGCAAAGCCAUAUGAAAUUGUAGUGGACCUUACCCAUACUGGGCCAAGCAAUCGCUUUAAAACAGACUUUCUCUCGAAGUGGUUUGUUGUUUUUCCUGGCUUUGCUUAUGAUAACGUCUGUGCAGUCUAUAUCUAUAACUGCAACUCCUGGGUCAGAGAAUACACCAAGUAUCAUGAGCGGCUCCUGACUGGCCUCAAAGGCAGCAAAAGACUCAUUUUCAUAGACUGUCCUGGGAAACUGGCUGAACACAUAGAGCAUGAACAACAAAAACUACCUGCUGCUACAUUGGCAUUGGAAGAAGACCUCAAGGUAUUCCAUAAUGCUCUCAAACUAGCUCACAAAGAUACCAAAGUUUCUAUUAAGGUUGGUUCUACUGCUGUUCAAGUAACCUCAGCAGAGAGAACAAAAGUCCUAGGGCAAUCAGUCUUUCUAAAUGAUAUCUAUUAUGCCUCGGAAAUUGAAGAAAUCUGCCUAGUGGAUGAAAACCAGUUCACCUUAACCAUUGCAAACCAGGGCACACCUCUCACCUUCAUGCACCAGGAGUGCGAAGCCAUUGUUCAAUCUAUCAUUCAUAUCCGGACCCGCUGGGAGUUGUCACAGCCUGACUCCAUCCCCCAGCACACCAAGAUUCGACCAAAAGAUGUCCCUGGAACACUGCUCAAUAUUGCAUUACUUAAUUUAGGCAGUUCAGACCCCAGUUUACGGUCAGCUGCCUAUAAUCUUCUGUGUGCCUUAACUUGUACCUUUAAUUUAAAAAUCGAGGGACAGUUACUAGAGACAUCAGGUUUAUGUAUCCCUGCCAACAACACCCUCUUUAUUGUCUCUAUUAGUAAGACACUGGCAGCCAAUGAGCCACACCUCACGUUAGAAUUUUUGGAAGAGUGUAUUUCUGGAUUUAGCAAAUCUAGUAUUGAAUUGAAACACCUUUGUUUGGAAUAUGUGACCCCAUGGCUGUCAAAUCUAGUCCGUUUCUGCAAGCAUAACGAUGAUGCCAAACGUCAAAGAGUUACUGCUAUUCUUGAUAAGCUAAUAACUAUGACCAUAAAUGAGAAACAGAUGUAUCCAUCUAUUCAAGCAAAAAUAUGGGGGAGCCUUGGACAGAUUACAGAUCUGCUCGAUGUUGUACUAGACAGUUUCAUCAAAACCAGUGCAACAGGUGGCUUGGGAUCAAUAAAAGCUGAAGUGAUGGCAGAUUGCUUAAAAGGACCUGAUACUUACAACAGUCAAGUUCUGAUAGAAGCUACAGUAAUAGCACUAACCAAAUUACAGCCACUUCUUAAUAAGGACUCCCCUUUGCACAAAGCCCUCUUUUGGGUAGCUGUGGCAGUGCUCCAGCUGGAUGAGGUCAACUUAUAUUCAGCAGGCACUGCACUUCUUGAACAAAAUCUACAUACCUUAGAUAGUCUCCGGAUAUUCAAUGACAAGAGUCCGGAAGAGGUAUUUAUGGCAAUCCGGAAUCCUCUGGAAUGGCACUGCAAGCAAAUGGAUCAUUUUGUUGGACUUAAUUUCAAUUCUAACUUUAACUUUGCACUGGUGGGACACCUCUUGAAAGGGUACAGGCAUCCUUCACCUGCCGUUGUUGCAAGAACAGUCAGAAUUUUGCAUACACUACUAACUCUGGUUAAUAAACAUAGAAAUUGUGACAAAUUUGAGGUGAAUACGCAGAGUGUGGCUUACUUGGCAGCUUUACUCACAGUGUCUGAAGAGGUUCGAAGUCGCUGUAGCCUCAAACAUAGAAAGUCCCUUCUUCUUACUGACAUUUCAAUGGAAAAUGUUCCCAUGGAUACAUAUCCCAUUCAUCAUGGUGAUCCCAGCUAUAGGACACUAAAGGAGAACCAACCAUGGUCCUCUCCCAAAGGUUCUGAAGGGUACCUUGCAGCCAGCUAUCCAACCGUAGGCCAAACCAGUCCCCGAGCCAGGAAAUCCAUGAGUUUGGACAUGGGGCAGCCUUCACAGGCCAACACUAAAAAGUUGCUUGGAACAAGGAAAAGUUUUGAUCACUUGAUAUCAGACACAAAGGCUCCUAAAAGGCAAGAAAUGGAAUCGGGGAUCACAACACCCCCUAAAAUGAGGAGAGUAGCAGAAACUGAUUAUGAAAUGGAAACUCAGAGGAUUUCCUCAUCACAACAGCACUCACAUUUGCGUAAAGUUUCAGUGUCUGAAUCAAAUGUUCUUUUGGAUGAAGAAGUACUUACUGAUCCGAAGAUCCAAGCGCUUCUUCUUACUGUUCUAGCUACAUUGGUAAAAUACACCACAGAUGAAUUUGAUCAACGAAUUCUUUAUGAAUACUUAGCAGAGGCCAGUGUUGUAUUCCCCAAAGUUUUUCCUGUUGUGCAUAAUUUGUUGGACUCUAAGAUCAACACCUUAUUGUCAUUGUGCCAAGAUCCAAAUUUGUUAAAUCCAAUCCAUGGAAUUGUGCAGAGUGUGGUGUACCAUGAAGAAUCCCCACCACAAUACCAAACAUCUUACCUGCAAAGUUUUGGUUUUAAUGGUUUAUGGCGGUUUGCAGGACCUUUUUCAAAGCAAACACAAAUCCCAGACUAUGCUGAGCUUAUUGUUAAGUUUCUUGAUGCCUUGAUUGACACGUACUUGCCUGGAAUUGAUGAAGAAACCAGUGAGGAGUCCCUCCUGACACCCACAUCUCCUUACCCUCCUGCACUGCAGAGCCAGCUUAGUAUCACUGCCAACCUUAACCUCUCUAAUUCCAUGACCUCACUUGCAACUUCCCAGCAUUCCCCAGGAAUCGACAAAGAGAACGUUGAACUCUCCCCCACCACUGGCCACUGUAACAGUGGACGAACUCGCCACGGAUCCGCAAGCCAAGUGCAGAAGCAAAGAAGCACUGGCAGUUUCAAACGUAAUAGCAUUAAGAAGAUCGUGUGAAGCUUUCUUUCUUUCUUUUUUCAAACCAACUUAACAUGGGCUCUUCACUAGUGAACCCUUCCCUAAGUGGCCCUGUCCCCACAUGUUGCGAUGCUGCAUUUCAUAUUUUAUAACAAACCCAUCCAGUCUGCCACAUUGCCAGAUGAUCAACUCUUGAAAGCAUUGCCUAAAUUUAAUGCUGCUUUUUCUUUGACUUUUUUUCUUCUUCUACUUUUGGAGUGUGUCUGGUGUUAGCAAGUGUUCAGAACAACUAUAAGAAAGUGGGAAGUCAGGUAACUUGAACUGAGCACAUCCCAAUUGUGAGAGAGGACAAAUUCUUGAAUACUGCUACUACUGGCCAGCUAUGAAAGCCAUUUGCACAGAGCUCUGCCUUCUUUGUUUUCCCGUUCAAAAUGAAGUGUUAGUCUUAUUUACACACUUUCCAAGAGAGAAGUGUGUGGGAGAAAUAAUAUUAUAACCCAUGUAUGUUUAAUCUGACUUUUAGCUGUGGACUUUUUUUUACUUUAUGAAACUGAAGGAACCAUAGAGGUCAAGCCUCAGUGGCUUCAUACCAUUAAAGCCACAGGCAAGGUACUUUGGGGGUGGGGUGGGAGAACUUAGUAUUUUGUAGUGAAUUCUUAAGAAUUACUAACACUGAGUAUUAGCAAUAAUUACAGGAAAGAAAGUGUGACCAUAUACAUCUUAAUAUUACUGAAUUAAAGCUAUGGAUUCUGAGGCCUUAUCCAAAUUCAGUCAUCAAAAUGAUCUUUUUUUUAUCCAAUUGAUUAUCCAAUUGAUCUUUAAAUAUGCUAAAGCUAUUAUUGUUUUGUUUAUUUUUAAUUUUUGUAAGCCAACACUAUACUAAGUAUAGUAAUUAUACAUUUUUUGUCUCUUCCUCUUCUUUCCUAAAUAAUUCUGAACAGGGUAAUCACCAAACAAAGUGUUGAAAAUUGUUCCCAGAAGGUAAUUUUUUUAGACGUUUGCAUUAGCUCCAUAGCAAAACAGAAUGGUACGUGACUUUUAGAGUAGCUGAUACUUUUAUUUUGUUAAAUAAUUUUCCAAGAACCAGAAUAUGCUGUAUAGUACAUUAAUUUCUUUGAUAAGACAUAUUUUAAAAGUCUUUAAAUCUUCCCCCUCUCCUCCAAAAUAUCAGGAAUCUUUUGGGGUUCUAUAUGAUAGACUUGCAUCUAAUCACUGUGAAAAGUCUGGUCAGCCUGCAUUUGUAUGAAAAUAGGGGACCGUUGGAGUUGCUGCUGUACUGAAUGGUAUGGAUUGUUGUGGCAUAGGAAUUUCCAUAGUAAUGCAGAUCCAGUUUUUUUUUUUGUGGUACCUGCAGUGUGAAAAGUAAUUUGACUUCAAUGAUCAUAUUGGUAUCUGGAUAUUCUAAUUUAGGAUUAAAAUAUAUUUAUUACAAAAAUUAUUAUCCCCCCUACUCCUAGGUUCACUUCAUAUGUUCAGAUAUAAUGGCUUGGGGAGGGGUUUGCAAAGAAACCUAGGGAAGAGGGUGGUUUCCUAUAGUGCUAGUUCAUUAGUGGAUUUCGUAAAUUAAAUUCCACAGCUACUUCAAUAAAUAAUGGUACAUUUAAGUAUUCUGAUUUUAAUAAUAUAAUACAUUUCACACUAUUUACACAGCAACAAUGUAAUAUGUUAAUGUAAAUAAAAUUGCUUUUGAUAUUCAGAAAUAACAAGAAUUUAAUUUUUUUAUUUUGUUUAUAGUCCUGGGAAAAGUAAGAACCAUUUGCCAAAAUAAAAGGAAAAAACUUUAGUAUUAAUAGUAAUUUUAACAGAAUUGUUGGAAAAUAUUGAAGACAGGUGUAAUUAACUAAGCUUUUGUUUUUAACUAUUAUAGAGGCUGCAUUAGAAUAAAAUGUUUAUUAUAAUAACAGACCAUCUUAAGACUGUAAAGAAGCUGAGAUUAAACUGAGUUUAGGAUUAGACCAGUGACCCAGUUCCAAGGAGGCCAAGCUGCCAUGAUGGUUUUGGUUCUCCCACCACCCAGCGCUUUUGGGAUAUGGUAUCACAGAUUCUUGGCUUUUAGAACAGCAGGCAAUGUAAGCCUUAGAUAAUUCUAGUUUAGUAUUUUUCCCCUCUUUCUUGAUCUGGUGCUUAUGACAGUGUGUAUUACUUUAUUUUGCUUCUCCCAUCAAGUUAGAGAAACUUUCAAAGGAUUACUUUCCAUAAACAAAUUUAUGAAAGUAUGGUAUUCCUUAAAUUUAUUAUUUCCCUGUAAUGUAGUGAAUGCAAUGAAUCCAUUUGAAGAAUCUCAUGAAAUGAUCAGCUUUGCACAAAUCAAAAUUGAGCCUUCUUUGAACUACAAAAAUAUACUUUUGACCAGUACAUCCUAGGAAUUUGAAAACUUCCUAAGGUUUAAAACUUAACUUAUUUAAAGAACUUGUGACAUUUGUGGAAAAUCUAGUUUUCCAGGUAAAAUGAACAUGAGAUAAAUCUCUCACCAAUUAUGCUUCCCCUGAGAAAUGAAACACUUUUUAGUCUUCAUACCUAUAAUCUGCAAAAGAAAUUCUGACAUUCAGAGCAAGUAGCCCAUUUUGCAUAAUUUAUAAAUUCUGGAAUUUGUUUGUGUUUGUGGAUGUUUCCCUGACUUUUUAAAAACAAAAGCAUUAACUCAGCCAUGUUUUAUUGCAUAUAACCUACUAUUAUGCCAGUGCUCCUGUCCCAGGAGCUGCCCUCAUAUGCUAACAUGGAGGUACAAUACUCUAUGCGUCAGUUACUCACACCUGUUCGUUACUGAGCUGGGCACCAGGACACCACAUUAGGCGGACGAAUGUCUCAGUGGUGAGGACAGAGUGUGAGCCAGCAAUCCUUCUGGGUUUGUAGAUUUUAGGGGUUUUCAAUUUCCAUUUGGGGUUUUGGGGAUUUUUUUGUUUUGUUUUCUGUUUUUUGUUUCUACAUUUACCCCCCACCCCGCAUAAUAAUGCAUGUCUUAUUCAAUGUUAUGCAACAGACUUAUACAAAAACUCACUUAGUGUCAGCCACACAGUUUUUUUUAAUGCAGUAUAUUCACCUGUAAAUAGUUUGUGUAAAAUUUGACAGAAAAGUAUAUUUACUACCCUGUAAAUACAUGUGAUGAUAUAUUGUAUUAUUUUGCUUUUUUGUAAAGCAGUUAGUUGCUGUAUAUGGAUAACAAACAAAAAUUUGAUUAUUCUCAUGUUAGUAUUGUUAACUUCUUCCUGCGACUGCGUUACAUCAUUUAAAGAAAAUGCUGUGUAUUGUAAACUUACAUUGUAUAUGAUAACUUAGUCUCCUUUCUAUCAGGCCUAAACUUUGGCAGUUCCCUAGUCUACACCCUUGUUAAUAUUGUAAGCAGUUGUAUGCCAGCAGGAGAAAUACUGCCCAACAGACAAAAUCAAUCACUGUAGGGGAAACUUGUAGAAAUCAGAUUCAGAGCAUUAUUGUUCCCCAUCCCAUUUCUUCCUUGUGUAUGUACUCCCCCUUCCUUUUUUUUAAGUAAAAUGUAAAUUCAAUCUGCUCUGAGAUGUGAGGAGUUAUUUAAUUUCUUCACAUGCAUCAAGCUCUGUUUUAUUUGGUGUAAAUUCUGUUUUAUCACUUCCUCCCAUUUCUCUCUGAUCUUUUGAAACAUUAAACCUCGUCCUUUCUUUUAA